AAAGUCGUCAUCAUUGGCAUUCAUGGAUUUCUACCUAUAAAAUUAGUUCGUACCUUGAUUGGGCAAUCUACAGGCAAUUCGAUUCGGUACAUUAAUGAAGCUUCCAAAGCCAUUAGAUGCUGGCUUGAACAGAACAACCCCAAUUACCGUAGCGAAGAUUACGACGUUCAGUCAAUAGCUUUAGAAGGUGAAGGUAAGAUCAACGAAAGAGUUGAUAAGUUACUACAUCUUUUGAAAAAUUGGCAUGAUUUACUCAGUGCUGCCGACUUCGUAUUUGUCGUAAGCCAUGGACAGGGAACGCCAGUAGCUAUAAACUUGUUGGCCGAGAUCUUAAAGAGGUCGAUUUUACGCAAGAAGCAGAAGCUCGGCUUAUUAAGCAUGUCGGGAAUCACCGCGGGACCGUAUGGAGGCAUGGAUCUGAAGUUGGUUAUAAGAGCAUAUUCUGCGUUUGAAAAUAGUAUCAUCGCGGAAUUGUUUGAGUUGCAGAAACCAACCAGUAAGCUUUCCUUGCAGCUUCAGGAAUCUCUUGGCACUUUGGUAAAGAAUAACGUUAAAAUUACGUUCGUAGGAUCGAUUAACGACCAAUUCAUUCCUAUUUCUUCAACUUUGGCGCUGCAUGUUAACCACCCGAAUAUCUUUAGGGGCAUAUACGUCGGUCCUACAUCUACUGGUGUACCUUCUUUCAUCGUCUCAUUGUUCAAAAUUAUCGUCAUGAUGAAGAACAUGGGACAUUUCAACGAUUACGGUUUUCUUAAAGAGCUUGGAGACAAGUGCAUGGGAAGCACUAAUGAUGGCGGACACUGCAAGAUAUACGGUGACCAGGAAGUAUACGAAUUAGCAUUAAGGUAUACGUUGGAGACGACGAACCUAGUGCAUAAUAGCGAGUUGCAGAUCAGAAUUAGAGACGAUACUAGUGAUACAAAUCUAUAUGCAUUGCCUUGGAAUUUCCGUUGCCUAAUUCAGGACUUAGUUGGAGUAAAUAAUAUUUGCAACAUCCAACUUAUUCAAAAUUUGCUAACAGAAUUUAGGGCAUGGAAGGAACCAAUGACUAAGCAAUGGAGAGAAGUGCGUUAUUGCUUGGAGUUUGUCGAUGAGGUAGACAUCGAAGAGUUCUUGUUAUAA